AUGACGAAAGAGCAGACACCAAGCCUUGUUGAAAUUUUGGACAAAGAGCUUACGAAAGAAACUAAGAAAGAAAUGCCAAAGGAGGUGACAAUUCCGAAGGAGUCCAUUGGUACUGAUACUCUAAAGGCGACGACACAUAGUCCAAUUGAAAUUGAUGAAAAAGUUCCACUUAAAGAAAUACCAAAAGAGCAGACACCAAGCCCAGUUGAAAAAUUGGACAAAGAGCUUACAGAAGAAACUAAGAAAGAAUUGCCAAAGGAGGUGACAAUUCCGAAGGAGGCCAUUGGUACUGAUACUCUAAAGGCGACGACACAUAGUCCAAUUGAAAUUGAUGAAAAAGUUCCACUUAAAGAAAUGCCGAAAGAGCAGACACCAAGCCCAGUUGAAAAAUUGGACGAAAAGCUUAAAGAAGGAACUAAGAACUUAAUGUCAAAGGAGGUGACAAUUCCGAAGGAUGCCAUUGGUACUGAAAAUCUAAAGGCGACGACACCUAGUCCAAUUGAAAUUGAAGAAAAAGUUACACUUAAAGAAAUGCCAAAAGGGCAGACACCAAGCCCUGAUGAAAUUUCGGACAAAGAGCUUCCAAAAGAAACUAAGAGAGAAAUGCCAAAGGAGGUGACAAUUCCGAAGGAGGUCAUUGGUACUGAUACUAUAAAGGCGACGACACCUAUUCCAAUUGAAAUUGAAGAAAAAGUUCCACUUAAAGAAAUGCCGAAAGAGCAGACACCAAGCCCAGUAGAAAAAUUGGACAAAGAGUUUACAGGAGCAACUAAGAAAGAAAUGCCAAAGGAGGUGACAAUUCCGAAGGAUUCCAUUGGUACUGAUACUCUAAGGGCGACGACAGCUAGUCCAAUUGAAAUUGAUGAAAAGGUUACACAUAAAGAAAUGUCAAAAGAGCAGAAACCAAGCCCAGUUGAAAAAUUCGUCAAAGAGCUUACAGAAGAAACUAAGGAAGAAAUGCAAAAGGAGGUGAUAAUUCUGAAGGAGGCCAUUGGUACUGAUACUCUAAAGGCGACGACACCUAGUCCAAUUGAAAUUGAUGAAAAAGUUCCACUUAAAGAAAUGCCGAAAAAGCAGACACCAAGCCCAGUUGAAAAAUUGUACAAAGAGCUUACAGAAGAAGCUAAGAAGGAAAUGCCAAAGGAAGUGACAAUUCCGAAGGAGGCCAUUGGUACUGAUACUCCAAAGGCGACGACACCUAGUCCAAUUGAAAUUGAAGAAAAAGUAACACUUAAAGAAUUGCCAAAAGAGCACACACCAAGCUCAGUUGAAAAAUUGGACAAAGAGCUUACAGAAGAAACUAAGGAAAAAAUGCAAAAGGAGGUGACGAUUCCGAAGGAGGCCAGUGGUACUGAUACUCUAAAGGCGACGACACCUAGUCCAAUUAAAAUUGAAGAAAAAGUUUCACUUAAAGAAAUGCCAAAAGAGCAGACACCAAGCCCAGUUGAAAAAUUGGACAAAGAGCUUACGAAAGAAACUAAGAAAGAAAUGCCAAAGGAGGUGACAAUUCCGAAGGAGGCCAUUGGUACUGAUACUCUUAAGGCGACGACACAUAGUCCAAUUGAAAGUGAUGAAAAAGUUCCACUUAAAGAAAUGCCGAAAAAGCAGACACCAAGUCCAGUUGAAAUAUUGGACAAAGAGCUUACAGAGGGAACUAAGAAAGAAAUGCCAAAGGAGGUGACAAUACCGAAGGAGGCCAUUGGUACUGAUACUCUAAAGGCGACGACACAUAUUUCAAUUGAAAUUGAUGAAAAAGUUCCACUUAAAGAAAUGCCGAAAGAGCAGACACCAAGCCCAGUAGUAAAAUUUGACAAAGAGCUUACAGAAGAAAUUAAGAAAGAAAUGCCAAAGGAGGUGACAAUUCCGAAGGAGGCCAUUGGUACUGAUACUCUAAAGGCUACGACUCCUAGUCCAAUUGAAAUUGAUGUAAAAGUUCCACUUAAAGGAAUGCCGAAAGAGCAGACACCAAGCCCAGUUGAAAAAUUGGAAAAAGAGCUUACAGAGGGAACUAAGAAAGAAAUGCCAAAGGAGGUGACGAUUCAGAAGGAGGCCAUUGGUACUGAUACUCUAAGGGCGACGAGACAUAGUCCGAUUGAAAUUGAUGAAAAAGUUACACUUAAAGAAAUGCCAAAAGGGCAGACACCAAGCCCUGAUGAAAAUUCGUACAAAGAGCUUACAGAAGAAACUAAGAAAGAAAUGCCAAAGGAGGUGACAAUUCCGAAGGAGGUCAUUGGUACUGAUACUCUAAAGGCGACGACUCCUAGUCCAAUUGAAAUUGAUGAAAAAGUUCCACUUAAAGAAAUGCCGAAAGAGCAGACACCAAGCCCAGUAGAAAAAUUGGACAAAGAGUUUACAGGAGCAACUAAGAAACAAAUGCCAAAGGAGGUGACAAUUCCGAAGGAGGCCAUUGGUACUGAUACUCUAAAAGUGACGACACAUAGUCCAAUUGAAAUUGAUGAAAAAGUUCCACUUAAAGAAAUGCCGAAAGAGCAGACACCAAGCCCAGUAGAAAAAUUGGACAAAGAGCUUACAGAAGAAACCAAGAAAGAAAUGCCAAAGGAGGUGACGAUUCCGAAGGAGGCCAUUGGUGCCGAUACUCUAAAGGCUACGACUCCUCGUCCAAAUGAAAUUGAUGAAAAAGUUCCACUUAAAGAAAUGCCGAAAGAGCAGACACCAAGCCCAGUUGAAAAAUUGGACAAAGGGCUUACAGAAGGAACUAAGAAAGAAAUGCCAAAGGAGGUGACGAUUCUGAAGGUGGCCAUUGGUACUGAUACUCUAAAGGCGACGAUACAUAGUCCAACUGAAAUUGAAAAAAAAGUUACACUUAAAGAAAUGCCAAAAGAGCAGACACCAAGCCCAGUUGAAAAAUUGGACAAAGAGCUUACAGAAGAAACUAAGAUAGAAAUGCCAAAGGAGGUGACAAUUCCGAAGGAGGCCACUGCUACUGAUACUUUAAAGGCGCCGACACAUAGUCCAAUUGAAAUUGAAGAAAAAGUUACACUUAAAGAAACGCCGAAAGAGCAGACACAAAGCCCAGUUGAAAAAUUGGACAAAGAGCUUACAGAAGAAACUAAGAAAGAAAUGCCAAAGGAGGUGACGAUUCCGAAUGAGGCUAUUGGUUCUGAUACUCUAAAGGCGACGACACUUAGUCCAAUUGAAAUUGAAGAAAAAGUUACACUUAAAGAAAUGCCAAAGGAGCAGACACCUAGUCCAGUUGAAAAAUUGGACAAAGAGCUUACAGAAGAAACUAAGAAAGAAAUGCCAAAGGAGGUGACAAUUCCGAAAGAGGACACUGGUACUUAUACUCUAAAGGCGACGGCACAUAGUCCAAUCGAAAUUGAUGAAAAAGUUCCACUUAAAGAAAUGCCAAAAGAGCGGACACCAAGCCCAGUUGAAAAAUUGGACAAAGAGCUUACAGAAGAAACUAAGAAAGACAUGCCAAAGGAGGUGACAAUUCCGAAGGAGGCCACUGUUACUGAUACUCUAAAGGCGCCGACACAUAGUCCAAUUGAAAUUGAAGAAAAAGUUACACUUAAAGAAAUGCCGAAAGAGCAGACACCAAGCCCAGUUGAAAAGUUGGACAUAGAGCUUACAGAAGAAACUAAGAAAGAAAUGCCAAAGGAGGUGACAAUUCCGAAGGAGGCCACUGGUACUGAUACUUUAAAGGCGCCGACACAUAGUCCAAUUGAAAUUGAAGAAAAAGUUACACUUAAAGAAAUGCCGAAAGAGCAGACACCAAGCCCAGUUGAAAAAUUGGACAAAGAGCUUACAGAAGAAACUAAGAAAGAAAUGCCAAGGGAGGUGAAAAUUCCGACGGAGGCCAUUGGUACUGAUACUCUAAAAGCGACGACACAUAGUCCAAUUGAAAUUGAAGAAAAAGUUACGCUUAAAGAAAUGCCAAAAGAGCAGACACCAAGGCCAGUUGAUAAAUUAGACAAAGAGCUUACAGAAGGAACUAAGAAAGAAAUUCCAAAGGAGGUGACGAUUCCGAAGGAGGCCAUUGGUACUGAUACUCUAAAGGCGACGACACCUAGUCCAAUUGAAAUUGAAGAAAGAGUUACACUUAAAGAAAUGCCAAAAGAGCAGACACCAAGCCCAGUUGAAAAAUUGGACAAAGAGCUUACAGAAGUAAUUAACAAAGAAAUGCCAAAGGUGGUGACUAUUCCGAAGGAGGCCAUUGGUACUGAUACUCUAAAGGCGACGAAACCUAGUCCAAUUGAAUUUGAUGAAAAAGUUCCACUUAAAGAAAUGCCAAAAGAGCAGACACCAAGCCCGGUUGAAAAAUUGGACAAAGAGCUUACAGAAGGAACUAAGAAAGAAAUUCCAAAGGAGAUGACGAUUCCGAAGGAGGCCAUUGGUACUGAUACUCUAAAGGCGACGGAACAUAGUCCAAUUGAAAUUGAAGAAAAAGUUCCACUUAAAGAAUUGCCGAAAGAGCAGACACCAAGCCCUGUUGACAAAUUGCACAAGGAGCUUACAGAAGAAACUAUGAAAGAAAUGCCAAAGGAGGUGACAAUUCCGAAGAAGGCCAUUGGUACUGAUACUCUAAAGGCGACGACACCUAGUACAAUUGAAAUUGAAGAAAAAGUUACACUUAAAGAAAUGCCGAAAGAGCAGUUACCAAGCCCAGUUGAUAAAUUGGACAAAGAGCUUACAGAAGAAACUAAGAAAGAAAUGCCAAAGGUGGUGACAAUUCCGAAGGAGGCCAUUGGUACUGAUACUCUAAAGGCGAUGACACCUAGUCCAAUUGAAAUUGAUGAAAAAGUUCCACUUAAAGAAAUGCCGAAAGAGCAGUUACCAAGCCCAGUUGAAAAAUUGGACAACGAGCUUACAGAAGAAACUAAGAAAGAAAUGCCAAAGGUGGUGACAAUUCCGAAGGAGGCCAUUGGUACUGAUACUCUAAAGGCGACGACACCUAGUUCAAUUGAAAUUGAUGAAAAAGUUCUACUUAAAGAAAUGCCGAAAGAGCAGUUACCAAGCCCAGUUGAAAAAUUGGACAAAGAGCUUACAGAAGGAGCUAAGAAAGAAAUGCCAAAGGUGUUGACAAUUCCGAAGGAGGCCAUUGGUACUGAUACUCUAAAGGCGACGACACCUAGUCCAAUUGAAAUUGAUGAAAAAGUUCUACUUAAAGAAAUGCCGAAAGAGCAGACACCAAGUCCAACUGAAAAAUUGGACAAAGAGCUUACAGAAGAAACUAAGAAAGAAAGGCCAAAGGAGGUCACAAUUCCGAAGGAGGCCAUUGGUACUGAUACUCUAAAGGCGACUACACGUAGUCCAAUUGAAAUUGAUGAAAAAGUUCCAUUUAAAGAAAUGCCGAAAGAGCAGACACCAAGCCCAGUUGAAAAAUUGGACAAAGAGCUUACAGAAGGAACUAAGAAAGAAAUGCCAAAGGAGGUGACGAUUCCGAAGGAUGCCAUAGGUACUGGUACUCUAAAGGCGACGACACCUAGUCCAAUUGAAAUUGAUGAAAAAGUUCCACUUAAAGAAAUGCCGAAAGAGCAGACACCAAGCCCAGUUGAUAAAUUGGACAAGGAGCUUACAGAAGAAAUUAAGAAAGAAAUGCCAAAGGAGGUGACAAUUCCGAAGGAGGCCAUAGGUACUGAUACUCUAAAGGCGACUACACCUAGUCCAAUUGAAAUUGAUGAUAAAGUUCCACUUAAAGAAAUGCCGAAAGAGCAGACACCAAGCCCAGUUGAAAAAUUGGACAAAGAGCUUACAGAAGGAACUAAGAAAGAAAGGCCAAAGGAGGUCACAAUUCCGAAGGAGGCCAUUGGUACUGAUACUCUAAAGGCGACUACACCUAGUCCAAUUGAAAUUGAUGAAAAAGUUCCACUUAAAGAAAUACCGAAAGAGCAGACACCAAGCCUAGUUGAAAAACUGGACAAAGAGCUUACAGAAGGAGCUAAGAAAGAAAUGCCAAAGGAGGUGAUAAUUCCGAAGGAGGCCAUUGGUACUGAUACUCUUAAGGCAACGACACCUAGUCCAAUUGAAAUUGAUGAUAAAGUUCCACUUAAAGAAAUGCCGAAAGAGCAGACACCAAGCCCAGUUGAAAAAUUGGACAAAGAGCUUACAGAAGGAACUAAGAAAGAAAGGCCAAUGGAGGUCACAAUUCCGAAGGAGGCCAUUGGUACUGAUACUCUUAAGGCGACGACACAUAGUCCAAUUGAAAUUGAAGAAAAUAUUACACUUAAAGAAGUACCAAAAGAGCAGACACCAAGCCCAGUUGAAAAAUUGGACAAAGAGCUUACAGAAGAAACUAAGAAAGAAAUGCCAAAGGAGGUGACAAUUCCGAAGGAGGCCAUAGGUACUGAUACUCUAAAGGCGACUACACCUAGUCCAAUUGAAAUUGAUGAUAAAGUUCCACUUAAAGAAAUGCCGAAAGAGCAGACACCAAGCCCAGUUGAAAAAUUGGACAAAGAGCUUACAGAAGGAACUAAGAAAGAAGGCCAAAGGAGGUCACAAUUCCGAAGGAGGCCAUUGGUACUGAUACUCUAA